UUUUAUCUGCUAUUUUCAACAGCUAUACUAUAAAUUAAUAAUAAUUUAUUUUAAAUUUUUGAUGGAACAAUUUCCAGUGAAUGAAACUGAUUUAACCGAAGAGAUUAAAAAAUUAAUUAAUGAGAAAGGUUUAGAAGUUGUUACAAGCAAAAUAAUUCGAAAUCAUCUGGAGACCAAAUUUAAUUGUGACUUUGAAAAACACAAAAGCCGUUUGGACAAAUUAAUCGAGGAAUGUAUUGGUAAUUAUUUGAAAGAAAUUGUUAAAAAUGAAGGAAAGAAGGAGGAAGAGGGAAAUGAUAAAAUUGAGAAGAAAAAUUUUGAAGAGAAGACAAAACAAGAAGAGGACUCGCAAUUAUCAUCUUCUGAAUUUUCUGAUGUGGAUAAUAUUGAAAAAUCUUCAAAAAUAGUCCAAAAUUCAAGCCAAACUAAAAAAGGAAACAAACGCAAAACUUCAAGUAAUGAGCCAUCAACAUCAAAAACUUCUUUAGAUGAGGAAAAUGAUGAUAUGGUUUCUUCUAUUAAACGACGUCGUUCUGCUGCACCUUUGCCUAAACGAACUUCAAAACAAAAGGAAAAGAAGAAAGAAAAGGGUUCUUCGACUAAACGACAAACUCAAUUUACAAAAAUUUGUGCCUUAUCUCCAGAAUUGUCUGAUUUACUUGGAAAAGGUUAUAUGCGUCGUUCUGAAGUUGUUAAAGGUGUUUGGACUUAUCUAAAAUCGAAUAAUUUGCAAGAUCCGAAGAAAAAACAAUUUUAUUUUUUGGAUGAUCCUUUGAAAAGAAUUUUUGGUUCUUCGAAAACUAAAUUUAAGGCUUUUGGAAUGAUGGGGAUAUUAAAUAAGCAUGUUAAAGAUGUUGAAUUUCUGGACGUCGAAUCCCGUCGAAUUGCUGAAGCGGAAAUUGCAAAAAUUUUAGAUGAAGAAAAUAAAACAAAUAAAUCAGCAAUUCAUUCGGACAGUGGAGAGGAGGAUGAAGAGGGAGAGGAAGAAGAAGAAAUGGAGGGAGGAAAUGAUGGUGGCAAUAAAUUAUCCAAUAAAAGUGAUGACGUUUCCGAUGAGAAGAAAAUUGGUGUAAAAGCUUCUUCAAAAGCGUCAACAUCUUCGGAAGGGGAGGAGGAGGAAGAGGAGGAAUAA